UCUUAUUUUAUUUCUCUCAUUUUCCCUCUCGCUCUCUCUCUAAACGCAUGCUUUGUGCUCGUUAUGCAUUAAGAUCGUUGCCCAAGCUCUUCUGAUCGUUGUAUGUUUUCAUCGUCUCUUAAUUUGGGGGUUUCCCAUUCUGCCAUGGAUUCUAUUGAAGCUUUCAGCUGAAGAGAUUGGUCGACAUGAUUGUUUCUUCCUGUUGUUUUUUGGGGUUUUCUCUGCCUUCACUCUUCUAAGAUCUGGUGGGAGCUGUGGAUCACAUAAUGGGACAAGAGCCAGAAUUGGACUUUGACAGCCUUUGCACUGUGGAUCUGAGUCCCAACACUGUUCUUCCAUCUAUUCCACGGCAUUCGAGCAUUAAGAAAAGAAGCUCGAGAACAAAACUUAACCAUGAAGAUUUUAUGUUGAAUGUAAAGGAUGGUUUUACUGAGAUUAGAUUUUGUGGCGACCGCGGGUUUCGAAAAAGCAAUUCAUCUAGUCUAGUUGAACUGGAAGACAAUGAACAUAUAGAAUUUGAAUUGAAUGUGAAGAAUGAUGUUACAGAGAUUAGAGUUGGCUGUGAUCACAGUUCUCAUAAAAGCAAUUCACCUGGCCUAGUUGAAUUGGAAGAUGAUGAAGUGCUCGAGCAGCGUUCUAAGCACGAGAGGUCUGAAGAUGUAAGUAGCAUAGAAGGGAUGGGCAUUCAAGAGGAAAGAGGAAAAAUAGAAAUUUCACGUGACAAUUACACCUCUUGGGUUGCUGGUAUUGUUGACUCUUUGUGUAGUUCAGAUGAGGAAUCUUUGGACACAAAACUGAAUCAAUCAUCAGUUAAUAAGGCUCGCAUAUGCCCACGUUCAUCAGAUAGCUUCAUUGAUAUCUACUUGGGUUCUGAGAUCAGUGAAACUGUAUUGAAAGACUCGAGCAAUCAUCUUGAAAAUGUUACAGGCAUCGGGCCCCUUCACAAUGGCAAGAAACUUUUCAAGAGAGACAAGGUACAUGCAUUGCCGAACUCGCUCUCUGCUAAGAUAGAAACGCCUAAAAACCAGCUUCGAAGUGAUCUACGGUUUAGACACACCCCAAAGGCUCACAUAAGUCCAUUCAGGAAAAUGUUGGAUCCAUUUAUGAAAUCUAAAUCUUUCGGGAGUCAUUUCGGUGAUGCAAUCGAAGCAGGUGGAGAUAAAGCUGUUAAGUCAAUGGACAUGCAGAAAAACAAGACAUACAGAAAAUCUUUGUUGCAAGAUUUCACAAAUGCAGCAAUGAACUCAGAUUGUGAUUCUCAUUUUCCGAGUAAUGAUAGUCAUCAUGAUGUUGUUGCAUCUUCACCUGUACAUCUACACGGCUCUCUCAAGUUGGAAAAAAAACAUGGGAUGCCGUUUUUUGAGUUCUCUCAGAGCUCCCCUGAAGAUGUCUACGUGGCCAAGACGUGGAAGACGGGCAAUGCUUUUAAAUGGGAAUACACAUUUCAUACCCAAGAUCAUAAAAAAAAGAGUAAUGCAAGUAGUUUUGGAUUGAAUCACAGCUGCAAACACGCCUUAAUGGUGGGUCAGAUGCAAGUUUCAUGUUAUCUAUCCUCUGAACUUAGAGAUGGUGGUUUUGACAACUCGAUGAUCACAGAAUUCGUUCUGUAUGAUACUGCACGUGCUAGACAGAGUCCUGCAUCUCAAGAGAGUUGCAACUCUAUCCAAGAUGCUGUUAAACCUCCUAUAAGUUCUAAUUCAGGCGUAGUAGGGGAAGCUUUCAGUGUUAAUGAUGGGACUCCUCUAGAAAAACAAAAACUUCAUAAGAAACAUGCUUCUGAAAAUUGUGAUAAUGAUUCUAUAGAUUCUUGUCCUUGGGAUUCAGCAGAUUUACAUCCAGACCUGGAAUCCGCAUCUAUUAUUAUGCAAAUCCCAUUUAGCAAAAGGGAGAGCUUGAAGUAUAAAAGAGGUGAUAAAACAAGCAGUAAAUUGAACUCGGCCAUACAAAGCGUCUCUAAGAUUGAACAAAGGAAAGACGAAACUCCCCAUCACACAAUUCAAGAAACUCUGAAGGUAGUACUCCCCAUUGGAAACCAUGGUUUGCCAACUGUUGAAAGCCACGGCCCUUCUACAUUACUCGAUCGAUGGAGGUUAGGAGGUUCUUGUGAUUGUGGUGGUUGGGACAUGGGUUGUCCUCUACUGGUUUUGGGCACCCCCAGUAGCCACUGUGCCGAAAACCAAGCGCAAAAGGGGAAACAGACUUUUGAGCUUUUUCUUCAGGGAGUGAAGGAUGCCACUCCGGCAUUGACCAUGAAUGUUGUAAAAGAUGGACAAUACAAUGUCUAUUUUCAUGCACGAUUAUCAACAUUGCAAGCAUUCUCCAUUUGUGUUGCUAUUUUACACGCGACUGAAGCCUGUAAUGCUGUCCAAAUGGAGGAAGAAACAAAAGAAAUGCAACAUUCUAAUUCCUUAAAAGUGCUUCUUGAGGAGGAAGUAAAAUUCUUGAUCGACACAGUCACGAUGGAGGAGAAGAAAAGAGAAACAAGAAUGUCGAAAGAAACACCGCCAUCCUAUUUGUUCCAUCCUCCAUUUUCUCCUAUUGCUAAAGUGUAGUAUAAAGGCCAUUGGAUCAGUGCAGAUAUUAUGGCUUCUUCAGAUGAUUCCACAUCGACUUUAGAGAGGUCACCUGACUAGAGUUAGGAAGCUGCCUGAUAAAGCUCAAAAGGAAGAAAUUGUACAAGGGAAUCAGCAACCGUGCAGGCUCUCGGAGUCGGGGCAUUUGAGUUCUUUCGUAUAGCGGAGCAAGAGCUUGCUUCGAGAAGCUGAAAUGACUUGUAGAAGAGACUUGGGAAGAUGCUAAUUGGGGAGCUCACGUCAUGUGCAGGACCCAUUUAUUUGUUAUUCUUCAAAAACCAGAUCCUUCUGAAUAACUUGUAAGUUAACUGUCCAUAUUGUAAGAUGGUAGGGAGAUGAGUAGCCAAUUGAUAACAAGUCCUUCACAUUGGACUUUUUGUACAUUAUAUUGUUAAGAGGUAGAGUGAGUUAAUAUCUGUAGAAAUAUAUAUUUUAAGAAGUUUUGUCUUGAAUCUACUGUUCGAGUUCUUCUCUA